AAAGUAUGUCGGCCCAAGUCAGGCUGAGGCUGCUGCCCAGCGCCAGGUGUUUGUUCGACGAGCCCAUCCAGGUGAAGGUGGCCGGUCUGAGGUCCAAGCAGGUGGUCACCAUGAGAGCCAGCUCCACUGACGAGAGAGGAUUGGUGUUCAAUUCUUCUGCAAGCUACAGGGCAGAUGAUAGAGGGGAGAUUGACCUGAAAAGAGACGCUGCGCUCAGUGGGAGCUACGUAGGUGUGGAACCCAUGGGUCUGCUACGGUCACUGAAAGCAGAUGUUUUGCACAAAUACUUCUAUAAGAACAGAGCGCUGGAACCUUUCAUGGUGAAAUUGUCUGUGCACGACGAGGAGGGCAGGAAGCUGGCAGAGGCGACCAAUGAGAGGCGUCUUAUCGGAGACGGAGUCAGCAGAGUUCCCGUCAAAAAGGGGAACAUUCAAGGAGUUCUGUUUAUACCCCCAGGAGAGGGUCCGUUUCCUGCUGUGUUGGAUCUGUGCACCUUCAUGUCAGAGAAAAGGGCCUCUCUGCUGGCCAACAAAGGCUUUAUGGUUCUGGCGUUACCUGUGUUCAUUGACAAACCAAACUUUGAAAGGAUGAAUCUGGACGACUUUGAAGAAGCAGUACGGUUCUUACAAAAUCAGCCUAAGGCGAGCAGUAAAGGAGUUGGAGUAAUAUCUCAAUCGAAGGGGUGCGACAUUGCUCUUUCACUCGCUGCUUUUGUGCAAGGGAUUGCAGCUGUGGUGUGGAUUAACGGCUGCAGCUCCAACGUCGCCAUUCCCCUCUAUUAUAAGAACCGUCAGAUCCUCUCGCCACUGAUGUUUAACUUGAGGAAGGUGCUUCCCACCGAGUCGGGCGCUAAAUUGGUCAAGUAUGUUCUUGAAGACCCUCUGGCUGAGAAGAACCAAGGCAGCGUCAUUCCCAUUGAACGAGCCGAUGGACAUUUCCUCUUUGUGGCUUCUGAGGACGACCUGAACUGGGACAGCAAGGGGUACCUGGACCACAUGGUGGAGAGACUGAAGCGCCAUGGGAAGAAGAACUUUGAGAGCGUGACUUACCCUGCAGCCGGACAUUUACUAGAACCUCCUUAUGGACCGCACUGCGCCUCCGCUUUGCACUGGUUGCUCAGGUUUCCAGUGGUGUGGGGUGGAGAGCCCAAAGCUCAUGCUGCAGCUGAACUCCACCUGUGGAAGAAGAUGCGAGAUUUCCUUCUAGCUCACCUGAGCUGCAGUGCUGCUCACACUCAGUCCAAAUUAUAAAAUUGGUCUCCUCUAAAGCAAAUGUUCUAAGCCUAGAAGACGCCAAUGAGCAAAGGUUAACAGUAGGAUACCCAAUUAACUGUAGCAU